AAUCUAGAGGAAGUUUGGAGACAUAGAGUCCGAGUUGACUAUGUUCUCUGCCUUCAUUGUUGACGCAGCCUUUCAGAGCUGUGGCCAUAAAGUCUUGGGUGCCUGUAGGGGCGGCAAAAAAGGGAUGGAAUCAAGCUGAGGAGUCCAAUUGAGCCUGCUUGGCUCGUGGGACUCCUGAGGAGCUGAUGGGUAGCGGUGGGCCAAGCGGGCUAAGGCCUGGGUGGUUGUGGAGGUUAAAACUCAGGUCUGGGAGAAGUUUGGUUAGGCCAUGGAGAAGGACUAUCAGAUGGCCUAGAAAAGGUUCUGGAGGGGAAAGCAGUGUCCUGCCAACACUGUGUACAGUGGGGGUGGGAAUCUGCUGAGGAUCUCCUCAAUCCCGCCAACACGUCUUCCACUGAGGAAGCAGAGGCCGGGAGCCCAGGAGAGAACUUGUCACCGAGUGACACAAAAUGGACACCAAAAGAGUGAUGACUGAGACACUUGAGGAUCUUGUGGAUAAAGAGCUCAAACAAUUCAUCUGGCAGCUGUGUAAUGGUGUGACGGCAGGCCUUGAGCCGAUUCCUCGAGCAAAGCUUCAGACGUCUGAUCGCGAGGAUGUGGUGGACUGCGUGGUAAAGCACUAUCCUGAUGACGCUGGGAAGAUCACAGUCCAAGCGCUGCGCAACAUGAAACAAAAUGAGCUCGCAAAGCGCCUUCAAAUAAAACUUCAAGAAGGUCAGCAGCCUGUGCAGGAGGUAACGAGAAGUGCUCCAGAGUCUAUGGACCUGCAGCCCAUCCAGUCUGACUGGCACAGACCAUGCAACAUUGCUGCAUGCAGUCAAGAGUUUAAAGACAGACUUCUUACACAAGAGAGAAAAGAUGUUUAUAUACCAACGAGCAGGUCUCAGAGGAAAGGUUUAGCUCUGCUAAUCACCAACAUUGCGUUCGACCACUCAAGUAACAGGAACGGAGCAGAGAAAGACGAGGAGAACAUAGAGUGGCUGCUGAGAGCUUUGGGCUACAGCGUUGAGAAACACAGAAAUCUCUCGGCAAGGUGUGCAAUAAGUGAAGCAGUCAAGAACUUCUCCAAACAUUCUGGACACAGAGACUCGGACAGCACCUUUGUGGUCAUGAUGUCUCACGGGAAAAGAAUCGAAAAUAAAGACGCCAUUUUAGGUGUCCAUUAUCACAACAACACCGGAGAUGUCUUCUUUGUUGAGGACAUCUUCUCCCAUCUCAACUCAGUCAAUUGUCCCGCUCUGAUCGAAAAACCAAAGGUCAUUCUCGUUCAAGCCUGCAGAGGAAGGGAUGUAGGAGGCGUGUAUGUUAGCGACAGUGCGUUUGAAUCAGACUCCUGGGUUCACAAGGAGAAAGACUUUGUCUGCUUUAUGUCCACCCUUCCUGAUGUCUAUGCGUACAGGGAUCCUGCCAAUGGAAGCUUUUUCAUCAACUACAUAGUGGAUGUGUUCAGCACAAGCGCUUAUAAAUAUGACAUUAUGGAAAUGUUCAGGAGGGUGGCCUCACGCAUGGAGAAUGACCCACGCUUCAUACACGAGCAGCAAAUAUUGCCGUGCAUCGAAAGGACGACACUUGUGAGGAAGUUCUACCUGUUUCCUGGACUCUAAUCAUGUGAAAUCUGUUUAGAGGCAGAACAUUAGAUCUUAAAUAGGAUGAAACCUGCAUAGAAACACCAUCAUGCCUUCGUAGUUCAGUGGUUCCCGACCAACGUUCUUGGAGGCACUCAACACUGAUUGUUUUUCAUGUCUCCUCAAUCAAUCACACUUGAUUCAGAUCAUCAGCUCAUUAGUAGAGACUCGUCUAAUGAAAGCAUUAGGGGCCUCCAGGAACACGGUUGAGAACCACUGCCUUAAUUGAUUAAAGAAAGUACAUUACCAAAUGUCUUAUAUUAAGUUUUCUGAAAUGUUGCUGGACAUGCAAAUUAAUAAAUAUACGUUUGUUUACAUGAAUUUAUUAACAAUAAAGAACAAAAAUGAUAUAAA